UUGUUCUUCCAAUCUUCUUAUUGGCUGCCUAUUCUUCUACAUCCAUUCAUUCAUACAUUGUAGAUUGCUUCACAAAGUUAACCAUCACAUUAUAUAAUCAUUGUUCUUCCAAUCCUCUCAUUGGCUACCUAUUUUCUUUGCAAAUUGACAAAAAUUGACUCUUCCUCUACAUGGUUUAUGCAAACAAUUGGUUGAUUUGCUGGUUUUAUGAUAGCUGAUUUAUACAAUCAACUGGUUUAUGUAAACAAUUGGCGGCAUGUGUUGUGUUGCUGAUUUACAGCACAGAAGAAGGUAUUCUCACUUAUUUUCUCUUUCUUUUUCUCUCUCUUUCUCUCUCUCUCUCUCUCUCUCUCUCUCUCUCGUCCGCACAACCACACCAAACAACACCAUGCCUCACCUCCUCCACAAUCACCACCGAAGAAGACCUCACCUCCGCCUCAGUUUGCCGCCACAAUCACCACCGAACAAGACCUCACCUCCACCUCAGUUCGCCGUCCAAUCCAUCGCGGCUACCUAAUCAACCCCCACCUCCAAUGUGAUAUCUGGUCUCAUCUCUUCACCUCAAUCCUUCACAUAAACCCUUCUCAAUCCUCUGUCCUCUCACUGAACCUCUCUUCACUCUGCCAUCAAUUCAACACUCCAUUGACAGAAAAAGGAAGCACUUGCUCAACACAGGACAUGGAAAAAGAAAUUGCACGGGCCAAAGAAAUUGUAUGACACUUGAAGAGUCUGUUGGAAAAAGACUGCAAAAAUAUGGGGAAUCAGAUAAUAAAGAAUUGCUUCAGAGGGAAGUUGGUUUUCGGUGGUUAUUCAGUUUCAAAUCAAAAUCACCGGAAAAGCCAGUCGCGCCACCACCACAAAAGCUUUUUCUAUGCGACAGACUGAUAAAGGGUGGAUUUUGAUCUAGCUUGAAGGUUUUGAUCAUCUGUUAUAAGUGGUGAACCUAUAACAUGAUGAACAAAUAUCAUAUUGUAUAAUCUUCCUUAUGUUACCUCUUUGCUUCUUAAAGAUAGUAUAAAUGAAGAGUCCAAAUUAAAGAAAGCAAUUUUUAGGAUGAAAAUUAUAUUGAACUACUUGGAGGGCAUUUGUAAAGUAAAUAAUCUAAUUGUUUCUUCAAAAAGCACUUAUAAAGGCUGCUGAAGAAUCAAGUUAAGGGAGGAAUUUGAAAGUGAGGGCAGAAAGCUUACUCUUAAAGAAGAGUCACAGACUUUUGAUUCAAAUGUAAUCACGUCUGGAACUGAAUUCAUGGUUGUUUUAUCAAUUGCACUUCAGUAUUAUGUUCAUCUUAAGCUGAACAAUGACCCUGGUUGGAAAAAUAUCAAGAAGUAUUCCUUAUCUUUGGCGACGAUCCAAUGCUUGCAGUGGCUCAUGGUCGCGGUGUAUAUUGUGAUGGUGCAGUGUAUUGUGGAAAUAUGGACAGCGGAAGUUGUGGAAUACAAUGUUUCGUAUGUGUACCACUCUUUGUUUGCAUACUUUGACAGAGACAACGUACCUCUCAAGGGACUUGCCAAGUUCUUUAAGGAAUAUAGUGAUGAAGAAAGAGAGCAUGCUAUCAAAUAUCAGCUUUUUAUGUGACUUUUUAUGUGAAGAGGGUUCUCAAGAAAAGCAUGAUGAUAUAGAAGAUGAUAAUAAGGCUUAACCCUGCCUCAACCUUCAUCUGGGAAGGAAAACAUGAUUAUAGUGUUUUCCAAAGUAUCUUGAAAAAUUAUAAUUCAUUUUUUUAUCCUGCUUCAUGUUUGUAUUGAUUUUGCUUGAUUGUCUCCCGUAUUGUUUACUUCCAGGGAUGAAACUUAAACUCUCAUUCAGUCAUCCAAAUUCAUUAUAGAAGAAGGCCAUAUAUUUUCAAGGAGGGACGUUUAAGUCAUACCAGUUCUCUAAGCUAGCAUUUGAAAAUAAAUUAUCAGUUGAAGAGAAUUCUAUUAUCCGACUAAUUUGUAAUUUGGAGAUAGUUUGUAUCAGAAAAUCGAUUACUUAUUUGUACAUUUCGUUUUGAUUAUGUAAUUGGAUAUCUUAUAAUACUUAAAUUGGGUCCAGAUUAUAGCUA